UUUGCGACACAGGCAAAAGAGCAGCGAGAGACAAAACUGAAAAGCUCUGAGUGGGCGUGGGCCAAACAAACCCCGGCCAGUGCCAUGGAUAUCGCCAUCCAAGCCGUGCGAGCCAAAACUGGGCGAUCUUUGGAAGGACCGCCGCAGAGUAACGACGAAUUUCUUGAGGAUGUCGCUGCUGCGCGGGGUGUCUACGCAGGUCUCCAGAGCGAAGGCCGAGGUCUUACAUCCGAGGAGGUGCGGAAGCUACAAGUCCACGGCAACUGGGCGACCAACUGGUCGUUGGUCCGCGUUUCAGAAGGGAGUGGUCCUAGCGAGACGAAAAGCAGCAUCGCUGCCGGGCGUGUUCGUGGCUGCGUUUUCCACGGACCGGUGUUGCUGGGGGACUUCAGUGGCGAGAUCAUCCUCCCAGUAGCCGAGCAAUACUCGCAGCCGUGCGGCGUGUACAACUCCACGCUGUCCUGGGUUGUCGUCGGCGAUGGAGCUCUCGUCAAGGGAUGCCACGCGAUGACUCGCUGCGUGGUGGGUCCCGGAGCGGCCGUCAUCAACUGCGGCCUGGUCUCGUGCUCGCAGCAGCCAUCCGACAGCAGCGGCAGCAGCGGCAGCAGCGGCAGCAGCAGCAGCAGCAGCGACGGAGGCUUCUGCUCCUUCGCCAACGGGAUAGCCGUGACCGUGGGGCCCGAGACCCGAGGCCGAGAGCUGGCCUGCUACGUGACGAUGCCGCUCGCGGCGGCGGCGGCGGCGGCGGCGGACAGAUCGUCGCCCGAGGCCGUGAACGAGCACCGUCUAGCGGUCGACGCGUACGCUGAGCUCGCCAGGCACGGGGAGGCUAGAGAGCGGAUGUAUACGUCUCUAUUGCGAUCAAUUGGUUUGGCCUCAGUGAUAAAACCCCACGCCGCUGCUGUCACCGCGACCGCUAUCCCCCUUGUAUCGCGCAAACCUUGCGUCAUUGGUCUCAAUUGUUGUAUUGACGAUUACCGCCACUACUAUCCCCUGCUGUCGCCACUCCUCUCGCGUACCGCGCUUACUGCGCUAAAUAGGUGCGGAGCCACCGUGAUAGGGCCAGGCGCCGUGGUCAUGUCGUGCUCCAGGGUGGUGGACGUCUUCAUCGGUGCCAACGCCCUGCUCGAGUCGUGCGCGGUGGAGAACGCGACGAUCCUGUCGACGGCGGAGGAGCCGUCAAGGGUAACUUGCGGCUCGUCCGUGACGUCAUCGCUGCUGCAGCACGGGGUUACCGUCGACCGGGGCUGUAUCGUGAGCGACAGCCUUCUCAUGGAACACAGCCACGUCGACAACCACGGCAAGCUCACGCACUCCGUGCUCGGGCCCGACAGCGGGGUGGGCGCCGGCGAGUGCCUUCACUGCCUGGUCGGACCUUUUGUGGGUUUCCACCACCAGUCGUUGCUCAUCGCGACGGUCUGGCCUCUGGGGCGGGGGAACGUGGGGUACGGGGCCAACGUGGGGUCUAACCACACCUCGCGGCAGGCUGACCAAGAAAUCUGGCCGGGAGAAGGCGUUUUUUUCGGGCUGUCCACGGUCAUCAAGUUCCCCGCUAAUUACUCGGAGUCACCCUUCAGUGUCAUUGGCUCGGGCGUCACGUGCCUCCCACAGAGGGUGGCGUUCCCCUUCUGCCUCAUCAACAGCCAGGAGGAAGCGGGGCUCCCCGGCGUCUCUCCCGGCCUCAACCACCUUCGGCCCGGCUGGGUGUUGUCGGAGUCGAUGUACAUGGUCAUCCGAAGCGAGGACAAGCGCAACCGAGUGGACUGGCCGGUUUUCCGUCCGUCCAUGAUGCGCCUCAUGGCCGACGCCCGGGCGAGGCUCGUGGCGGCCGGCUUGAACAAGACGGAGAUCUACGUCGGAGAUCGCGGUGUGGCCGGGCUGGGCAAGAACUACAUGACCGAAGCCUCCAGACUGGAGGGUAUCGCUACCUACACCUUGCACCUGCGCAGGUAG